AUGGGAGAAAUGUUUAGGGGGAAAGACAUGUCAUUAGGGCAACUUAUUGUUCCAUCAAAUAUUGCCAUUGAGACUAUAGAAAGAAUUGGAAAAUUAGGAAUAAUUCAAUUUAUAGAUCUUAAUGAUAAUUUAGCAAGUUUUGAUAGAAGAUUUAUAAAUGAAAUUAAAAGAUGUGAAGAAAUAGAACGAAUUAUUCGAAUAUUUGAAGAAACUAUUUCAUUUGAAGAAAAUAGAGAUGGUUUUAAUAAAGUAUUUAAAAGAAAUAGUUUAGCUGUAGAUUUAUUGCCAAUUGCAACAGCCGAUGCUCAACAAUCUGAAUUAAGUUCUGAACAAUUAAUACUAAAAAUAAGAACAUUUGAUAAUGACCUCAAACAAUUAACUUCUGAUGUGGCUGCAGCUGAGCGUGCAGUUAGUGGAAUUCGUGAAGCUAUUUCAUUAUCUGAGCACAUUAAUGAAUUAAUUGGUCAGGAUAUUGACCAAACAACUGCACAGUCAUUGAAGUAUCUUAUUGGGACUAUAGAUACAUCUAAAUGGGAAGCAUUAAGAAUGGUUAUUUGGAGAGUAUCUCGUGGGUUUGUUGUUACAAGAUCAGCACCAAUUGAUAAUAGAAAAACAGGAUUUGUUGUGUUUAUACAAGGAGAUGAAGUAUUAAAUAAAUUAAAUCAAAUAUGUUUAACGUCUUCAGCUAGAAUUUUUGAUUCAAUGCCAAUUGAUGUUAUUGAACGUACAAAUUAUGUUAAUGAAAAAAUACAAGAAUUAAAUGAAUUAACAGAAGUAUUGAAUGGAGCAUUAGAAGCUAAAAGACAAUGCCUUCGUUUAAUUGCUAGUGACAUUAAUAUUUGGAAUGAAGUUAUUGAAAGAGAACGUCAAGUUUAUUUUACUCUUAAUAUGUUUUAUGUUGAUGAAGGACAUUCUCAUUUAUGUGGAGAAGGAUGGUUUCCAACAGACCAAUUUAGUGAAAUUAAUAGAGUAUUAGAAGAAAUAGAAGGACCAGUCAAACCAUUAUUUGGAGUUAUUCAACCACAUCCAAAUGCUAUUCCACCAACAUACAUUCCAACUACUUCAUUCAGUCAAUGUUCACAAGAUCUUUGUGAUUCUUAUAGUAUUCCAAAAUAUGGAGAAGUUAACCCAGGAUUUCUAUAUAUUAUUACAUUCCCAUUUUUAUUUGGAGUAAUGUUUGGAGAUAUAGGACAUGGUAUUAUUGUUUUUUUAUUUGCUCUUAUAAUGAUUAUAUUCCAAAAGAAAAUUGAACUUACAAAAAGAAAUGAAAUAGUUGAUAUGUUAUUUGGAGCACGGUGGAUGAUUUUAUUAAUGGGGUUAUUUUCUAUUUAUUGUGGUGCUUUAUAUAAUGAAUUUUUUGGAAUUGCCAUUGACUUAUUUGGAACAUCCUGGAAUAAAGAGAAUGGAUUAUUUUAUGAACGAAGUAAUCCAAAUUAUGUUUAUCCAUUUGGUGUUGAUCCAAUAUGGAAAUCAUCUAAUAAUGAAUUAUAUUUUUACAAUUCAUUAAAAAUGAAACUGUCAAUUCUUAUUGGAGUAGCACACAUGACAAUAGGAAUUUGGAUUUCAUUGAUAAAUCAUAUUCAUUAUAAGAAUUUAAUAAAUGUAGUAUUUCAAUUUCUUCCAGAAAUAAUAUUUAUGAGUUGUACAUUUGGAUAUCUUUGCUUUUUAAUUCUUAUUAAAUGGAUGUAUUUUAUUGAAGAUGCACCAAUGAUAACAAAUGUCUUUUUAGAAAUGUUCCAAAAUUUUGGAAUAGUAACAGAACCAAAUCAUAUGUUUUGGGGACAAAGUUUUAUUGAACCAAUAUUAUUUAUAUUCACAGUAUUGUCAGUUAUUGCAAUGAUGGUUCCAAAACCAAUUCUUCUCUAUGUAUUAAAAAAGAAAGAUCAAAAAAGAAGUGAAAAUGGACAAGGUCAAGACAAUUAUUAUCAACCAUUUAAUCAAGAAAAUAAUGAUUUUAUUACUGAGGACAUAAGACAAGAAAAUAAUGACAUUCCAUAUCUUCCAAAUGAAAAUGAUGGAUAUAUUGUAGCAAAUAAUAAUAUUGAAGAAAUGCAAGAACAAUUUGAAAAUGAAGAUAGAGUAAGUUUAUUAGGAAAUGAAAAUAAGUCAAUAAAAAAAGAGAAUUUAUUUUCAGAAGAAUCAAAAAUUUCAAAAAUUCUUAAAUUAAUUAAGAAAAAAAAUCCAAAUUAUACAUUUGAUGAAAAAGAAUGGAUUAGAAUAAAAUAUGAUCCAGAUGAUGAAAAUGGUAAUAGUUUAUUAGAAAUUGUUAUUUUUAAUUCUAUUCAUGCUAUUGAAUUUAUUCUUGGAUGUAUUUCUAAUACUGCUUCUUAUCUUCGUUUAUGGGCAUUAUCAUUAGCCCAUGCUCAAUUAGGUUCUGUUUUCUUAGAAUAUGUAUUUUAUACUCUUCUUGAAUUUAACAAUUUCUUCUUAACAUUUGUUGGAUUUGCUUUAUUUGCAUUAAUUACUCUUGGUAUUCUUAUUGGAAUGGAAUCACUUUCUGCAUUCCUUCAUACAUUAAGGCUUCAUUGGGUAGAAUUCCAAAACAAAUUUUAUCUUGGUGAUGGUAUUAAAUUUGUUCCUUUCAAAUUGUCUACAAAUAAUAAAUUAUUUAAUUAA